CUAACUCCCAAAUCCCAUUCAAAGGGAAGAAGACGAAGAAGAAGAAGAAAUGGGAAAGAUUCCACCCUCAUUUCGUCCAGCAAUCUCAAAUUCUCUCAUUAAAAGGCAGCCUUUAGAAUCUCCAACAGCAAUUCCCCAUCAGUUUCCUGGGAAAACCACCAAGAAAAGACCAUCCCAGCAUUCUAAGAAAGCCCAAGCUUCCCUAGGAUCCCGCAAAGCUGAACCCCUAUUCAGAUCUCCAGACCUUUCAUCUGCCAUGAAAGUUUUCAAUUCAAUCGUUGCCACGAAGAAGGCCCCGAUUGAUCUUCGCUUCCACAACACUCUCUUACAGUCUUAUGCCUCAGUAUCCACCGUCAAUGACUCCAUCUCUCUUCUUCACCACAUGGUCAAAGCCCACCCUUCAUUUUCCCCUGACCGAUCAACUUACCACAUCUUGCUCUCUCAAUCUUGCAAAGCACCGGAUUCCUCCCUCUCCCCUGUUCACCAGACCCUCAAUCUGAUGGUAACUAAUGGGCUCAAACCCAAUCAGGUCACCACUGAUGUUGCUAUCCGAUCGCUUUGCGAAGCAGGACGCAUUGAUCAUGCUGUAGAAUUGGUAAAAGAACUUUCUUUAAAGCACUCUCCGCCUGAUAAUUUUACGUUCAACUUUCUUGUUAAGAAUUUAUGCAAGUGUAGAACUUUAAGUACGGUUUAUGGUUUUAUUGAUGAUUUGAAGAGUUUUUUUGGUAUAAAGCCUGAUCUUGUUACUUAUACCAUAUUAAUUGAUAAUGUUUGUAAUUCAAAGAACUUACGAGAGGCAAUGAGAUUGGUUGGUGUGCUUAAUGAGUCAGGGUUUAAGCCAGAUUGUUUUGUUUAUAAUACUAUAAUGAAAGGACAUUGUAUGUUGAGUAAAGGGAGUGAGGCAAUUGAGGUUUAUAAGAAAAUGAAAGAGGAGGGUGUUGAGCCUGAUCUUGUGACUUAUAAUACUUUGAUCUUUGGGUUGUCAAAAUCUGGGAGAGUAAAAGAAGCUAGAAAGUAUUUGGAUAUCAUGGUUGAAUCAGGGCAUUUUCCAGAUGCUGUUACAUAUACAUCUUUGAUGAAUGGAAUGUGUAGGGAAGGAAAUGCAUUGGGUGCAGUGCUUUUGUUGGAGGAGAUGGAAAGAAAGGGGUGUAGCCCGAAUUCAUGCACUUAUAAUACGCUGCUUCAUGGGUUGUGCAAGGGGAGAUUGAUGGAGAAAGGAAUGGAGUUAUAUGGGGCAAUGAAGUCAGCUGGUAUGAUGCUUGAGAAGGCUUCCUAUGCUACUCUUGUGAGGGCACUUUGUAGGGAGGGCAGGGUCGCAGAGGCAUAUGAAGUGUUUGAUUAUGCUGUUGAGAGUAAAAGUCUAACUGAUGUUGCUGCUUACUCGACGUUGGAGGUUACCCUUAAGUGGCUGAAGAAAGCUAGAGAACAAGGGCUUGUGGUCUAACAAGCAUAUUCUUUCAGUCUCUUUAAUUUGUAGUUCUUUUUGAUUAUUACAAUUUUGACAUCUACUUUAUGGAUAAAAUGGGCCUAUAUUAUAUGGCAAAAUUGGCUAGUGGCAUAUCAUAAUUUCCAUUA